AUGGAGCAGAAUAAUGCUGCCAUUGAGUUGAUCAACAGUGUCACUGGUGCUGAUGAGGAGGGUCGGUCCCGCCAACGAAUUCUUACAUUCGCUGCAAAAAGAUACGCUAGUGCUAUUGAUAGAAAUCCAGAUGAUUAUGAUGCACUCUAUAAUUGGGCUCUGGUCCUUCAGGAAAGUGCAGAUAAUGUUAGUCCAGACUCUAGUUCACCUUCUAAAGAUGCAUUGCUUGAAGAGGCGUGUAGAAAGUAUGAUGAGGCCACCCAUCUUUGCCCUACACUUCAUGAUGCUUAUUAUAAUUGGGCCAUAGCAAUCUCCGAUCGUGCUAAAAUGCGUGGGCGUACAAAGGAAGCUGAAGAACUAUGGAAGCAGGCGACAAAAAACUAUGAAAAAGCUGUCCAACUGAACUGGAACAGUCCCCAGGCACUUAAUAACUGGGGACUUGCUCUUCAGGAACUCAGUGCAAUUGUAGCUGCACGUGAAAAGCAGACUAUUGUAAAAACUGCAAUUAGUAAGUUCCGAGCAGCAAUACAGUUGCAGUUUGAUUUCCAUAGGGCAAUUUACAACCUUGGCACUGUUCUGUAUGGAUUAGCAGAAGACAUGUCAAGAACUGGUGGAUCAUUCAAUGCAAAAGAGGUUCCCCCUAAUGAGCUAUACAGCCAAUCUGCAAUCUAUAUUGCUGCUGCUCAUGCAUUGAAACCAAAUUACUCAGCGACAAAAAACUAUGAAAAAGCUGUCCAACUGAACUGGAACAGUCCCCAGGCACUUAAUAACUGGGGACUUGCUCUUCAGGAACUCAGUGCAAUUGUAGCUGCACGUGAAAAGCAGACUAUUGUAAAAACUGCAAUUAGUAAGUUCCGAGCAGCAAUACAGUUGCAGUUUGAUUUCCAUAGGGCAAUUUACAACCUUGGCACUGUUCUGUAUGGAUUAGCAGAAGACAUGUCAAGAACUGGUGGAUCAUUCAAUGCAAAAGAGGUUCCCCCUAAUGAGCUAUACAGCCAAUCUGCAAUCUAUAUUGCUGCUGCUCAUGCAUUGAAACCAAAUUACUCAGUUUACACUAGUGCAUUGAAGCUCGUGCGUUCUAUGCUACCAUUACCUUAUCUGAAGGUUGGCUAUCUGACAGCACCACCUGUUGGAAACCCAAUUGCGCCUCAUAGUGACUGGAGACGCUCUGAAUUUGUUUUGAAUCAUGAAGGGCUUCAACAGAUCAACAAAGUUGAACAGAGACAAAUAACACGAAAUCUUUCUUCCAAAUCAGGAGAUACAAUGAAUUUUAGUAGACCAGCUAUCAAAGUCGAUGUCGCUGAUAUUGUUUCUGUAGCUGCAUGCGCUGAUCUGACCUUACCACCUGGUGCAGGACUGUGCAUUGAUACUAUUCACGGACCGAUUCUCUUGGUUGCUGAUUCCUGGGAAUAUUUGGAUGGGUGGCUUGAUGCAAUUCGUUUAGUUUACACAAUCUUUGCUCGGAGUAAGACCGAUGUUCUGGCAGGUAUAAUAACGGGAUAA